GAUCGUUGCGGGCGGCGCGAGCAGGGGCUGGCGGGGCGCGAGCUGCCUCAUGACUCUAGCGGGGGUGGCCGGGUUUGGAAUCAAAAUGUCUGGAAAGAGAAAAAAGAAAAUUAAUAUUUCCAUCAAUCCCGAGAUGCCUCAGCCUGAAAUGAAUGAUCCUGAAGUGAGACAAGAUGACCCAGAGAGACUGAGCUGUCAUGUGUUGUGCGAAUCCCUAUUAUCAUAUGGGAGUGGAUUCAACAAUUUUCAAGGCAUUUUUAACUGGUCUGUAGUCCUAUUGGUCCUCACACAUGUUCACAUGAGCCUGGAGAAUUUCUUCAGAUAUGGACUGCUAUUUGACCCUGUAAAGAUAAUCUCAGUUUUCCUGAAAGACCCCUAUAAGUGGCCAGCAGUAUAUCUCAUUGCUGCCUCUGUUUUGUUUGCACUUCCUGCAGUUUUUAUAGAAAGGUAUUUAAGAAAGGUUCGUGGCUCUGAAAGCGUUGGUUUGGUGUUGCAGUCAGCUAACCUCUUUUUACUGGUAACAUUCCCAGCUGUGAUGGUUUAUAGAAUGCAAGCCAUAACUCCAGCUGGAGGGUUGCUGACCAUGUUUGUGUAUACCAUCAUUGCCCUGAAACUAUUCUCCUACUAUCAGGUGAAUCGCUGGUAUAGGGAGGGAACCCCCAGACCAGUCAGAGGAACUUCCAGAAUGCAAGCAGAUCCUUCAGCCCAUCAGUCCAGACGGAAUGAAAGAGGACAGUCAAAGCAGAUCAUGUAUCCAAUGAACCUGAAAGUAAAAGAUCUGUAUUACUUCCUGCUAGCCCCCACGCUUUGCUACCAGUUGAAUUUCCCAAGACAAAAGAAUUGCCGGCAAGGCUAUAUCAUUAGGAGAUUCAUUGAAAUGAUUUUUCUCUUUCAUCUCAUGCUGGGGCUAAUACAGCAGUGGAUUGUACCAAAUAUUCAUAAAUCGAUGAAGCCCAUAAACGAAAUAGAGUCCACCCUGCUCACAGAAUACAUCUUAAAACUAGCGGUGCCAAAUCAUUUCAUUUGGAUGAUCUUUUUUUAUUGGUACUUUCACUCCUGCCUCAACUGCCUUGCAGAACUGCUCCGAUUUGGAGACCGGCAAUUUUAUCUAGACUGGUGGAAUGCAGACUCCAUCUUACAGUUCUGGUCCAGGUGGAAUAUCCCCGCCCACAAGUGGUUAGACAGACAUGUUUACAGGCCCUUGCUGCAUCACGGCUACGACAAGUGGCAGGCCCGAAUGACAGUAUUCCUACUCUCUGCAUGUUUCUGUGAGUAUCUAAUUGCCAUCCCACUGAAGAUGUUCCGGUUUUGGAUGUUUUUUGCUAUGGCAGCUCAGGUCCCACUGGCUUGUCUAAUGAAAAGGCUUUUUGGUGAUAAUUUUGGCAACAUCUUCAUGUGGACCAGUCUGGUCUUGGGUCCUCCCCUCAUGAUGCUCUUGUAUUUUCAUGACUAUUACAUCCAGCACCAUCGGAAGGAUUCAAGCUGGAGACUGUUUUUUUUCUAAUCGACUCCAGUCCUAGUUCCCUUGUGCUCUCUGUCUGUCUGUACGACAGAGGCACCCAGACUUGGCUCAUAUUAGAACCACAGAUUGAAGCCACCCUUUUCUUUAAUAUGGGUGGGGUGGCCCGGGCCUGCAAUGCUCCAUCCGGCCACUAGGCUGGAGAUAGGAAUUGCAUGUUGGUCUCCCCCGCAUAUUGAAGAGGAGUGAGUGCAGAGCUGUGUGGGCCACAUGUAUUUGUUUACUUUGGCCACCUCUGAUCCCUUUGUCUCUUCGAUAGAAAAUUGAUCUUUGGCUCCUGCAGGACUGACCUUAAAGAAACCUGCACAAGGUCCCUGAAAAGUCUGGUAACAGCUCUGGAGAUAAAUAUACAUUGUAGUAGAUGCUCUUUAUUCAUAUUAAAG